CAAUGAUUAUAUAUGAACAAAAAAAAUAAAUAUAAGUGCAUUGACACACCGACCACUUUGCUUUUCUAUCUUCUAUUCUGAUUCUUCCUUUUGUUUUGUUUUGUUGUCAUUAUGUAAUUUCUGAUGUAUCAAGUGGUUAAGGUGAGUAAACAAUAUAUAGUAGUUUCACUUCUUUUUCUCAUUAUAAACUUAAAAUGUGAAAAACUAGUCUAGUUUGGUACUUGGUUUAUAGUAAAAAAGUUCAAGAACUAAUUAAGCAAUAAGUAAAGCAUAACCAAAAUUGUAGGAGAGGCUUCGUUUGGAUGGUAACGUGGUUAUUUAGAAGUUCUAAGAUGGGCCUUUAAAGGUCUUAUAUGAGGUUUAACCAGAACUUAGCCCAAUAAAAUUGCCGCGAAGCCGAUGGUUUAAAACGGUAGCCGAACAAAAACCGGGCGGCGAAUAAAUCUGCUGUCUUGCGUUUUCCCGCUACUCCCAUUUUCCCUCUUUUGUUUAUUUUUUUUUUCUUAAUUUUUUUUCCUUUAAUUUUUUUUUUGUUAUCCCAUUUCCUCAUAAAACCCAGCAGCAUCGAGACCAUGAGAUUGAUUCUUCUUCACUUCGGAUCUCAAUCUCAAUCUCGAUCUCGAUCUCCGUCAUCGUCUGAUAUUACUAACCUACAAUGCCUGCCAUCGCUGGACCUAGUUCAUCCCCUCAGAAGCAUGUCGUCGGCUCCAGAUUGGAGGUUACCGGCGGUCUUAGAUCCGCCGAAGUCAACACUUGUCGGAAACGCAAGUUGAGAUCCGAUUCCGCUGCGGAGGUUUCAUCAUCCACGCCUGUGAAUUCGAUUUCCACGCCGAUGAAAUGGAAAUCUCCUCGACGGUGUGCUGUUUCAAUCCCUAAGACGGCUGAUGAGGAGAUUAAGGAAGAUUCUAAUGGGAAUUUGGCGAGUCCAGUGAUAUCAGCAGUGAAGAACUUAUCUGUUUGUUUAGAUGUUGAAUCAAAGUGGAACCCUAGAGAUGAGGAACAAAUGAAAGCUGUGAAGGAGGCAUUGCAUGUGUCUAAGGCACCGUCAACUGUUGUUUGCCGUGAGGAUGAGCAGAGACGGGUUUCCGAGUUUGUGAAAAGUUGUAUGGAACAGAACAAGGCUGGGAGUUUGUAUAUAUGUGGCUGUCCUGGAACUGGGAAGUCACUAUCCAUGGAGAAAGUAAGACAACAAGCUGAUGACUGGGCGAAACAGGCGGGUUUGCCUUGUUCAGAAACAGUGUCUGUUAAUUGCACAUCACUGACAAAAACUACAGAUAUUUUCUCCAAGAUACUUGGUAAAAAUGAGUCCGGGAGUAAAGCUAAUGGUUCAUCUUCACCUCUACAACAACUUCAGAGCUUGUUUUCCCAAAAGCAACAACAAUCCAGCUCAAAGAUGAUGCUUAUAAUUGCAGAUGAGAUGGAUUACUUGAUCACAAGAGAUCGAGGUGUCCUCCAUGAGCUUUUUAUGCUCACAACUUUGCCUUUUUCAAGGUGUAUACUUAUAGGUGUAGCAAAUGCAAUAGACCUUGCAGAUCGUUUCCUUCCAAAACUGAAGUCUCUCAAUUGCAAACCUUUGGUUGUCACUUUCCGUGCCUAUUCUAAGGAGCAGAUCCUUAGGAUACUGCAGGAAAGGCUUGUGGCACUUCCAUAUGUUGCAUUUCAAUCAAAUGCCUUGGAAAUUUGUGCAAGAAAAGUAUCAGCUGCAUCAGGAGACAUGAGAAAGGCUCUAUGUGUUUGCAGGAGCGCCCUAGAAAUCUUAGAAAUAGAAGCUAGAGGAUCAAUAGAUCAAGAACCACAAGGUCCAGUUCCAGAGUGUCAAGUGGUGAAGAUGGAUCAUAUGUUAGCUGCAUUGUCCAAGACGUUUAAAUCUCCAGUAGUGGACACCAUUCAGUCCCUUCCUCAACACCAGCAAAUCAUAGUCUGUUCUGCUGCAAAGGCCUUUAGAGGAAGCAAAAAAGAUAGAACCAUUGCAGAGUUAAAUAAGUUAUAUCUGGAAAUCUGUAAAUCUUCGACGAUAACUCCAGCUGGAAUUACAGAGUUCACAAACAUGUGUACAGUGCUAAAUGACCAGGGGAUACUAAAACUCAGUCAAGCUCGGGACGAAAAGCUAAGGAGGGUGAGCCUUAGAGUAGAUGAAGCAGACAUCACAUUUGCUCUUAAGGAAAUUCGAUUCUUCCGCAACUGUCUUCUAUGAUGAAGUUAUUGAGUUAUAGCAAUGGGUUCCUCCAUUUUUUAUAGAAUACAAAGAGUAAAAAAAAACAGAGUACACAUAAAUUGUUUUAUUCUGUUAUACAAGUUGCAAGCAAUACAUUAGUUACAUACUUACA